AAGCGGUUACUUCAUGCUGCUCUUAUCUGUUGACUUAAGGAGAAACACAAACAGCUGUGAAAGAGAAGCCACAGCUUCAUUAUUUGAACCACAGACACACUAGUGGAAGAAUCCAGGAACGUCUGUGCAUAUUUCUGCACAGGAUGGAGCACAAACUAUCUUUGGUUCUACUUUAUCCUUUUGUUAUUUUCAUAACUGUGACUUCUGCACAGGAAAAUGUCUGUUUCAGGCCAGAGCUGGCUGACAAUAUUGAGAUGGAAGGGCUCCAGAGGUUCUUUAGCCCUGGUGCAGAGUUACUGCUGUCCUGUAAACAGGGAUUCACCCCAAUCUUAGGCCCACGGAAGAUUGUUUGCGCUGCCAGUGGAGAGUGGACCAAAAGCAGACUCAAGUGCAUACCAAAGCGCUGUCCUUAUCCUGAUGUUCUGUCUGAUGGAGAAAUGUACUAUGAAGACACUGUGUACCAGAGCACAAUCAACUAUACGUGUAAUGAAGGUUACACUUUAAUUGGAGCUACCUCUGCUGUGUGCCUUGCCAAUGGAACGUGGAGUGAACCAGUACCAGAGUGCACAUCUGUUAUCUGUGGUCUGGCUCCGAUCCCUGAGAAUGGGAUGAUCAUCUAUGACAAGAGGAUCCGAGGCAACAUCACGGACUUUGGUACAAGAGGGACGUACAAGUGCCGGCCUCCAUUCGUACUCUUUGGUGAGGCGAGAGCUGAGUGCACUAUGAAUGGCACCUGGACAGAGACACCUGAAUGCAGAGUGGUGACCUGCCCUCCACCUGAGAACAUAGACAGGGGCUUCAUGUCAGUGGAUGAUGACAGAGACUUUGACUACAUGGAAACAGUCAAAUAUGGUUGCCAUGGGGACUACGUUCUUGAAGGAAGCCUUGACAUUGUUUGUCAGCAGAAUGGGAAUUGGUCUGAAAAGCCAUCAUGCAAAGCUCCCUGCAGUGUUGGCAUACAGCGAGCAAGGAUCAUUUACAAAGGACGGAAAAUAUGGAUCAAUGACCUGCAUCCCAAAAGAGUCUUGCACAAAGAACUUGUCUCAGUGUUUUGCUUGGACAAGGCCAGAAAUUGUGGAUAUGCAGUGUCAUCGCAGUGCAUUGAUGGAAAACUCAAAAUCCCAGACUGCUUUGAAGAGCCCAGCCGUAUCAAAUAUGACCUUUAUUCAAGUUCACUUCCAUCAGAAAUUCAACAGUGCUGAAUCAGCAGAAGAUCCUGCCUCUGAUGGUCAUCAAAAUACUGCUAUAUGGAAAAAAAGCGUUGCUGUGUUCUGUUACCUUUUAUUAAAGAAAAUGUUCUCAGUCAA